AUGGCUGGAGCUGGACAACCUUCACAGACAGGAGAUGCCAAAUUUGACAAUUGGCAGAGCAUGUGGACUAACAGUAAUGGCAAGCCUGGAUGGCAAGUGGAUGUCGUUGACACGUACCUGCAGAAGCAUGUGAGCCGUUUGACUGGAGACAAGGAAAGUAUCACCAUUUUGGUAUCGUGGUGUGGCAAAUGUUUGGACAUGAUCUGGUUGGCUGAGCAAGGGCACACGGUGGUUGGAGUAGAGUACACUGAGUACGCAGUCAACCAGUUCUUCAGCGACAACAGUAUUCCAUUCUCAAUGAUCGAGAGAGACGGGUUCAAAGUGUAUGCAGCCAAGGAACGAAAGAUAACCAUCUAUUGUGGAGACAUGUUCAAGUUCACUUCGAGCAUUUCCGGCUGCAUGUUUGAUGCUGUGUGGGACCACCAUGCCCUGGGCGCCUGUAAUCCUUCACAAAGACAGACACAUAUCGGAGUCUUACGAUCCAUUCUCAAGCCCCAGGGAAAGAUUUUGUUGUCUCAUUUCGAGUACGAUCCGACUGAGCACUCUGGCCCUCCCUUCAGCUUGUGGCCUGCACUGAUCCAGGAGCUAUUCAAGGAGCACUUCAGUGUGGAGUUGGUGGAGCAUAUCGACCGAUCAGAUGGUUCAACAGCUAAGAGGUUUAACUUGUCCUGGAACAAAAGGCCAAUACAUUUACUUCAAAGCUUAAACUAG